GUGCAGCAUUUGGCCACAAGAGCGCGAGCCACACCAGAUGAGGGGAAGGUGACAACAUUCGCGUGCCUUUUAGUCGGAAAGAUUGCGGGUAAAGUAAAACAUUCCAUUCCAAACACUGUCAAAGCCACACCGGAGGCUGUCAACAGCUUACUUCCACACACUUCAGCAUCUCUCCGUCUUGCACGAUGAUCCCCGACAACCAAGAUAUCAGACACACAGUUGGUUUUUAUUUCAUUUUUCUGUCGUUCGUUCCUGUCAACAUUGUCACCGGCAGCACAAGACCAGGCUCCCAGAACCAGGAUUCAGAGGAAGUCCUCUAUGACAGCCAGCUAGACCUGCGAGAGAUAGUAUUUGUGAUCCAGAGCCAGAGUAACUCAUUCCACAUGAGUUGGGCAGAGAGACAGCGAGCAGACCUGUUACAACAGACUCAGAGCCUCACACAGACACCCCCUCCAGUCCUGCUCCUCCACAGUCUGACAGACAAUGAGGGAGACUGGAGCAUCCUUCCUCUGCUGCCUUACCUCUCCUCGUUGUUUGGGAAGAACUCAUCCUGGUUGGUGUUUCUGGAAGAGGAAACUAACGUCAAGGUGACCAAGCUGCUCCAGGCCCUCAGGAAGUUUGACAGGAGAAAAGAGUGGUUCCUGGGUAAACCUCUCCAUGACGAGGAGUCGACCAUCAUCCACCACUACGCCUUUGCAGAGAACCCCUCCAUCUUUAAAUACCCAGACUUCUCUGCUGCCUGGGCCCUUAGCAUCCCCCUACUUGACAGGCUCGCAAACAAAGUGAGAGAUGAUCCACUCAAGUCUGACUUCACUAUCGAUCUGAAGCAUGAGGUAGCUCUGUAUAUCUGGGAGAAUGGCCACGGGCCUCGUCUGACGGCAGUCCCAGAGCUAUGUACUGAGCCAGAACACUCUCCCACUGCCCAACACUGUGCUACCACCCUCAGGAGACCUGCUCCCCUGUGUGGGGAGCCUGUAAAGAAGGAAGACAUCUUUGUUGCUGUGAAAACUUGCAAGAAGUUUCAUAGUGAGAGAGUCCCAGUGGUGAAGAAGACGUGGGAGAGAGAGGCAUCUCUGUUGGAGUAUUACAGUGACCACACUGACCCCUCCAUACCUACCAUUGACCUAGGAGUCCCCAACACAGAGAGAGGUCAUUGUGGGAAGACGUUUGCCAUCUUGGAGAGGUAUAUCAGCGAUGCGGUGCCAAAGACGAGCUGGCUGCUGGUGGUGGAUGAUGACACACUCAUCAGCCUGCCCAGACUGCAGAUGCUGUUGAGCUGUUACAACCCCUCUGAACCGGUGUGUCUAGGGGAGAGGUACGGCUACGGGCUGGGCCAGGGAGGCUACAGCUACAUCACCGGAGGAGGGGGGAUGGUGUUCAGUAGGGCCGCGGUGGUGAGGCUCCUGGCCAGUGACUGCAAGUGUUACCGUGAUGACGCCCCUGAUGACAUGGUGCUGGGGAUGUGUCUCAACGCUCUGGGGCUCCCUGUCACACAUAGCUCCCUCUUCCACCAGGCACGACCUGAAGACUACUCCAGAGACUUCCUAGCCCACCAGGUGCCCAUUUCUUUCCACAAACACUGGAACAUCGACCCCGUCGCCGUCUUCAACAGGUGGCUAAAAGAUGAGUCGGUGUCAACAAGCCCACACGGACUAAACAAGAGCACCAAGGAAGAGUUAUAGUCACUCAGACACUGUGUGUGUGUGUGUGUGUGUGUGUGUGUGUGUGUGUGUGUGUGUGUGUGUGUGUGUGUGUGUGUGUGUGUGUGUGUGUGUGUGUGUGUGUGUGUGUGUGUGUGUGUGUGUGUGUGUGUGUGGUCAUGGACAAACAUAUUGUCAGCAUGUUUCCUCCAUCGGUGUAAAUGUUUUCUAUAUUGUGAAUCUUGCGGAGAUAUGAUUUGGAAGGUUCAUGCAAGCCUGUCCCUGACUGUGUAUAUGGGAACUUAUUCAUGACUGAGGCCAGGAUUCAAUCCAAGGUGCGUUAGAGCAUCACAAUAUAAUGGACAUUCGAAGGUAAAUGAUGCUUGAGUCGACAUGCUAGCAUUGACCAUGAAUGCGAUCUCGGCCAACCCCGGGGAAAACGUCUUUGGAAGACCUAUUGUCGGCUGUUUAACGCUCAGCUAUACGUAUUGAAUCCCGGCCACAGUUUCAAUUGAUUUACAUGUUGAGGCUGUCAGUGUGUGUUCAGAUCUUGUCUGUGUAUAUUUAUAUGAUAUAAUCUAUUCCUUGCCAAGUUGAACAAUGAAAAAGUGUUUUUUUUCUCAAGGACAUAUCUCAACAUUAUUACUACAUGCUGUACAAUGUGUACUAUUUUGAUAUCAAAGUGUUAUUACUUAAAAAUAUAUGUUUGCGCUGUCUUAUUGGAGUUUUAUUUCUGGCAUUUGGUUUCAGGAUUAAUUAAUGACUAUUAAUUGUGAAUGUAAAUAAUAGGUGCUAUGAAAACGUGUGUGUGUUUUCAUUGCCCCUAUUAUCACACACACCAAAUACUGUUGAAUGCAAUUUCAAAUAGAAGCUAUGAGAAAUGACUCAAGAUGUUUGGUUUAUUAUUGCUUUGAUAUGAUACCUGUAAAAGCAAAGGGCCUUGCACUGUGCUUGGGGGGGGGACCCAUACUAACUUUCCUCACAUUACUUCAUAACUUCAUGAGUGAUCGGUUUGAACUUGUGUAACUUUAUUUAUGGAAUACUUAUCACAGGCCCAGCAUGGGGAAACGGAUGUGAAUAAUACAACAAUACGACAUGUUAAAAAUAACCCUUUACAUCAGGGGUGUCAAACUCCUUCCAUGGAGGGCCUAGUGUCUGCAGAUGUUUGUUUCUUUCCUUUCAAUUAAGCCCUAGACAACCAGAUGUGGGGAGUUUCUUACUAUUUGAUGACCUUAAUUCAUCAAUCAAGUGCAAAGGAGGAGCAGAAACCCGUAGACACUCGGCCCUCCAUAGAAUGAGCGUCCUCUUCGGUCUUCUGUUUCCCUAUUUAUCAGAGUAGUCUGGGAUACUUAUGAAUAAAUUAACGUGGUGAAACUCGCUAAAUGCA